AUGGAAAAAUGGAUGGCAAAUUCAAAUGAAGAAACAACAGAAACACCAUCAGAAUGGAAAAAAGAAUACAAACCGAAACAAGAAAUACAGAACACAAUCUUCCAAACAGUAAUACAAGAAAUAUCAAUAGAAGAACUAGAAAACAUCUUAAAAGAAUCAGCAAAGAAUAAAGCUCCAGGACCUACAGGAAUAACAUACGAAAUAUGGAAAAAAAUGGGACUAUUAGGAAAAGGAAUUCUCAGGAAACUCCUAAAUGAAAUGAUAACUUCUACAUCUAUAGAUAUUUGUUUUCCAUUAAUG